AUGCCGUCCUUCUCGGAGGAUCCCGGUGGUCCUGGCCCCGAAAGAGCGGAAAUUCAACCCAUUUCGGGGACUGGCUUGAACAUUCCUUCGGUCCGCAAAGUCCUGCAAGGAGGUGAGGCGAGCCCGGGCACCCCGCCAGAGGGACCAAGUGUGAAACAGUACCGAGCCCCGGUGGCUAAAGUGACUGCAAGGCCCCCGAUUCAACCAUUGCAAUCGGUGGCUUCGGGUCUGAGCAGUCAGUCUAGUGUCAAAAAUGACAGCCACCUGACGAACCGAUCCGAGCAAGCCCCCAAGGAAGAGGAGGAGCAUCUGAAUCUAUUCCAUCAGGUCUCAGAAUGGCUGGAACAUGAAAAGAUCAGACGCAGAAAUCGUAAGGCUCGGCGAGCCGAAGCAGCCGCCGAGGCCGGCGUCACUGGCACAGAUACGGCUCGUGACUCGGAAGAGACCUCCAUGGAAGAAUCUCCACGUUGCUCCGAAAGUACCUUCUCUUUGGACAAGCUAGAAAAGAUCCUCCUUCAGUAUUCAGGUACUCACAAGAAAGACAGUCUGUCGUCUCUGCUGCCCGUCAAGCGAACAGGCCGACGGCGUCUCAAGGGACUUCGACGCGGUUCUGCGUCCGAGUCUGAAUUCACCGAUGUCGAGGCCCCCGUACCCAGUGUAGAAGCUAUUCUUGAUAAUUCCAAGACGCUCGCUUACACCGGAGGCGCCGCCGAAGAGGAGAGCAUAGAAAGCAGCUCGAGCUCAAGACGCUUGAAAGACCAGGAGGCCUGGUUGACGUUCAAACGAGAUAUCGUGCGCAUUGCGCAUACCAUGCAACUUCGCGGUUGGCGCAGAGUAUCUAUGGAGGCAGCUGGAGACAUCAAAGUGAUCCGCCUAAGCGGUGCCUUGACCAAUGCGGUUUACGUUGUCGAGCCGCCAAAGCAGUUGCCUCUAUCGACCAAAUCCACCACCGAGGGGUCCUCGACAUCCAUUCCGCGCAGGCCUCCACCAAAGCUGUUGCUCCGAAUCUACGGGCCUCAAGUGGACCAUUUGAUUGAUCGUGAGAAGGAACUGCAGAUCCUCCGCCGCUUGGGCCGUAAGAAUAUCGGGCCAAGAGUGCUCGGCACAUUCUUGAACGGUCGGUUUGAGGAGUACUUUGAAGCUCGGCCUCUCACGUCCCGCGAGCUUCGACUGCCAGAUACCGCCAAGCAGAUCGCGAAGCGGAUGCGAGAGUUGCACGAUGGAAUCGAACUGCUGGAAGAGGAGCGAGAAGGGGGCCCGGUCAUUUUCAAGAACUGGGAUAAGUGGGUGGACCGUUGCGAGCAGGUCACCACGUGGUUGGACAAGGAGCUUGAGUCGCCGCAAAAUGAAGCGAAAGCAACUGCUGAACCCUGGCGCCGACGUGGAUAUGUCUGUGGUGUACCCUGGGCACAAUUCCGAAAGGCAGUGGAGAGCUAUCGGGUGUGGCUUGUUGCCAGCUGCGGUGGAAUCAACGAGAUCAAACGGCAACUCGUAUUUGCUCAUAACGAUACCCAAUAUGGGAAUCUUCUUCGCAUGGAGCCUGCCACGCAGUCUCCCCUUCUUCUGCCAGCCAACCAGCACAAGCAGCUUGUGGUGAUUGAUUUCGAGUACUCGUCGGCCAAUACUCCUGGUCUGGAGUUUGCCAACCAUUUUACCGAAUGGUGCUAUAAUUAUCACGACGAGGAGAUUCCCUGGGCCUGUAAUAAUCGUCUUUACCCUACUCCUGAAGAGCAGCGUCGCUUCGUUGCGACUUAUCUCACUCAUCGCCCUGCCAUUCCUGGCGGUCCCGCCUCGCCCAUGGCUUCUCCUUCGGGAACUCCUGCAAUGCGUGGAGGUCGGCCAGUGGCCGCCAUCACUCCAUUGAGUCUCGACGAAGGCGUCGAGGGCACAACUGGAGGCCAACAGCUCGAAACCGUGGAAGAAGAUGACCUUGAGUCCAAAGUUCGAUAUCUCAUGGGACAAACUCGUUUGUGGCGCGCCAUAAACUCGGCCCAAUGGGUGGCGUGGGGUAUUGUGCAGGCCAAGGUUCCCGGCAUGGAUGAGGGUAUUGCCGCCAUGGCGGCGGCGGCGCACCCAGACUGUGCAGUAGAGGAUGCGAAAGCCGAAUCUGCGGUCGAGGAGAAAUUUAAAGCUCCGCCUGUGGAUCCGGAUAUUGACGAGGAGGAGGAAGCUUUUGACUACUUGGCUUACGCUCAGGACCGAGCCAUGUUCUUCUGGUCCGAUUUGUUCGCAUUGGGUCUUGUCAAGCCUGACGAAUUACCUCUGCCAUUGGUUGAACAUAUUCGUAGCCGGAUCGUGGAUUACUGA